AUGGCAAUGAUGGAAUCCUUCGUCCAACGCUUCAAUAGAUUAGAAGCUCAAAGAGAAACCGGCAAUGAAUUAAUUAAGGAUCUUCUGAUUUAUAUCGAAAAUGUCGAAAACGGUCUGCGACAUGAAAAUGAACGUCUUACAAAAGAAUUGGAGGAUGCACAUCUGGAUUUGGAUGAUUCAAGAAAGUCCAGAAGAGAAUUGCAAAUACAUUGGAAUUUGACCACCCAACACUUAGAACGAGCUAUCACGGAGAAUAGCAUUUUGCAGAAUCGAAAUCCAUACAUAAUAGCCCUAAUUGAUGCUGAUGGCAUGAUUUUCAACCAGGACCUCAUAAAUCAAGGACUCGAAGGAGGUAAAAAAGCAGCUAACCUUCUCCGAGCAUCAGUACUCGAACAAUGUAGUGGACCUCAAACUGAGGAGAUUGAAAUAAUGGCCAAAGUCUGUGCCAACUAUUCAGGAUUAUCAAAAGCCAUGAUGCGAGAUGGAUCGCUCGAAGCUCUCGAAAGAUUCAAAGAAUUUACUCUAGGAUUUACACAAGGAAAAGCACAUUUCGAUUUUAUAGAUGUCGGCCAUGGAAAAGAGAGGGCAGAUUCAAAGAUUAAAGAAUGUAUUAGAUGGCAUUUAAGAAAUUGGAACUGCAAACAACUCUUGCUUGGUAUAUCAUUUGAUAGCGGGUAUGCACCAUUUCUCGACGAAGUGAUUACACAGGACGAUCGAAACAGAAUUACAAUAAUGGAAGGACCCCCAAUAGUCCGCGAACUCUCUGCCGUUGGCCUCCGUACUCUCAAAUUCGAACAGAUAUUUCGCUCCGAGAAAUUGAUUGACAGGACAACAGAAGCCAGUUCUUCAUCUGCAGCAUCAACUUGGGCAGGUGUCACCUCAAUACCUCCUCCUACACCACCCACCGCCGUGGCAUCACCAGCAUUGGGUAAAGCCACUUCGGCAACCACUCCAACAGCCACUUCGGCAGGGAUCAAGAAACCCGAUGUUACAAGUAACGUUUUUGUUCGAUUAGGCUGGACUCCCGAGCCUCGAGGACUUGACCCCCCAAUACACGUCAAGAAAGAGGUAUUGGAAGCGGUAAAACGAAGAACCAACAAUAAUAAGCUUUGCAAUAACCAUUAUCUUCGAGGACCUUGUUCUAAAGGAAUCGAAUGCUGCUUUGAACACGAUCACAAAGCGACGGAGGAGGAAAUAAAAGCCAUUGCUCAUCUAACACGACAAAAUCCUUGUGUCAAUGGUCAAGAUUGCGACAACGAAGAAUGUAUUUAUGGUCAUCAUUGUCCGAGUGUGGUCAUUCCAAGUGUUGGGCCCAAGGAGCCUACUUGUAUGGCAUUCGCUUGCAAGUUCUACAAAGAAGAUCAUCCUCCAGGAACCAUUAUCAAGCAUCCAAAGAAGGACUAUGUCGAACGAUAUUAA